AUGGCUGAUGCCGUCCGUAUUCCAGCGUACUCUUCAAGUAAUGCUGUCCUCUACCUUAUACCAGUAUGCACGCUUAGUUUUAUUGCGCUAGCACUGGUCGUCGUACGUGUUUACACGCGUAUGAGGAGGAUAGCGAAAGUGUACCUUGACGACUGGCUCAUCGUCGCUGCUGAGGUAUUUUCCUUAACCGACACAGCACUCGUGAUCACAGCAUUCACGUACGGCUGGGGUAAACCAAGCUACACGUUCACACCAGAAGCCCUCCGAAAGACUCUUCAGCUCCUUUUCGCGAUGCAAUUACUCUGGACCAUCGCCCUCUGCCUUAUCCGUGUAGCAGUUGCUUGCUCAUUGCUGCGCUUCGGCGCUGGUUUACUGUGGCGCAACAUGCUGUAUUUCAUCAUUGGAUUGCAAGUUGUAACAUCUUCCUCUUACAUGGUCAUCCUGUUCGGACAGUGUACGCCGAUGAGCGCCAACUGGGAAACGAUUCCGGACAUCAAAUGCUGGGAUAGAACGCCAAUCACAAACUACAAGUGGGCACUUGCCGCGAUGUACAUAGUUAUGGACCUUACCCUCUCACUUAUGCCAAUACACCUCAUACGAGCCCUUCACCGCAGCACGACCGAGAGAGUUCUCGUUUGCGUCUUGAUGUCUCUCGGCCUUCUCGCCACUGCAGUCGCAUGCAUCAAGAUGACCACAUACAGCAGCCUCGGAAAAGGCGACGUGAUGCAAGCGUCAAUUAGACCGGUCAUGUUGACCAUAUUGGAACAGAUUGUAGGCAUUAUCGUGUGCUCGCUUGCAUGUCUGAAGGGUCCGGUAGAGAAUGAGUUGAAGAGGUUAGGAAUCUUGAAGCAGCGCAGUCUGACGACGCCGAGGUCUAUCAACGCCUUGAAUUCAUGGAGGUUUAGCAAGCAACGAGAUGAUAGUGGAUAUGGGACAGGAGGGAGGGUUGGUGUCGUGGCUGAUCAUGUGGUUUUAACGUCUGUAAGUUCUGCAUACAGCUUGGUAAACCAAUCUGGAGCUGGCGAUGCAUCGCACGCUGCUUGA